CACACAAUACAAAGGGACAUAAGCGUCGCGAGAACUUCGGUCUGACAAGUUCUCUUUUUUCUUCUCCUUGCGCAAGUGCUCCUGCGUGCCGAUUUGCGUGUCUUCCAAGCGACGUGACGAAGGUAGCGCGAAAUGACGGAGCGGCAGCUGUGAACUAACUUUUUGAACGGACACUCCGCCGAAUCUCACGGGACCGUCCUAUUCGGGAAUGCUGCGUCUGCGGCCGUGACAGCGGCGGCGGAAGCAGGUUUGGCCGUCGCAUGCUUCUGACUGUUCUUUUACUUUUAUUUUCUUUCUCUCUCUCGUCGACGCCAUGGUUCGGACCUUGGGGAAGGCGGUGCGGACUCCGAAAGAUUACGAGCGGUGACGUUUGUGUUAAGUGUCGUUUGUACCUGACGCGCUAGAUCCGUACCGUAAUUUCUGCGCGACCGCGUAGCGAGAGACGCUAUGUCGUCGACCAAUGCCGACCAGACCCGUUCGCCCCCAAGCCUGGGGUCGUCGUCGAGCAGCGGAAGCAGCACUCCGCGACCGCUGCUCAUAUCGGACACAAAGGACUUGCGCGCCGUGAUCGGCUGUCAGAUGCUCCUCCUGCAUGCUCUCCGCAAACGCCGCCGACGGACGCUCCUGGACCGGCGCACGUACGCGGUGCAGAACACGAUGCUCUUGCGCCGCGUCCAGAGACGCCAGUCGAGGAUCCACUUUCUCAUGAGCAUCCUGAAGACCGCCUUCACGGCCGGCCUGGGUCACGACCUCUGCGCGAACCGAGGAACGGCCAACUCUAAUCACGUCUCGUCUUCGGCAGACUUCGCCGAUGGCUUCGACGAUGACGACGUGGACGACAGGUCGCAAGAAGGCAACGACCGCCUUCUCACUCCGGGACUCAUCGGGGACGACGUCUGGCUCAACACGUUCAGGGUGGGGAAGGACCUGUACCAGUUCCUGCUGACCGAACUCAAGCCCUUCAUGACGAUGGGCCAAGCAGCGAACGGCGGGCUCCCGCCGUACGAGCAGCGCGUUGCCAUCGCGCUGUGGCGCCUCGGCAAGGUCUGGGACGACCCGGCGCUGCUCAGGGCCUUCGGAGUGACGGGAGACGCCGUGGGCGCCAUUGUGCGAGAGUUCUGCUCGGCGGUCGUCAAGGUGCUGAUGCCCCGAUUUGUGCAGGUAAUAACAAAAUGUGCCUUUGACGAAGACCUCGAUGACAUCACCGACCAGUUCCGUGAAAAGGCUGGCCUUCCACAGUGCGCUGGUGCCCUCUGCUUUGCUCACAUUCCAAUCCAACCACCACCGGAUGAUGACUCUGGAGAAUACACCAACCUAGAAGGUUGGAACUCCAUCAUUGUGCAAGCUGUGGUUGGUGCCGACCGGCGCUUCUGGGAUCUCAACAUUGGCUGGCCUGGCAGCACUCAGGUGGCCCAGGUGUUGCGUAGCUCCAGCCUCUGGAAGAAGGGCGAGGAAGGCACGCUUUUCGUUGUGCAUGACGAGGACAGUCCCCCAGUGGAACGUACCCACAGGGUUCUCGCGGCAGGCACGGGCUACCCUCUCCGCAACUGGAUCGUCACGCCGUUUCUGAACCCGGACGAGCGGCAGCUCCGUUUCAAUCGUGCCCUCUGCGAGGUCCUCUCAGUCGGCGAGUUAGCCUUCAGACACCUCGAGGCGCGCUUCCCGUACUUGCUGCGCCACAAUGGCAGCGGCGUCGACCUGAUGCCAAGCAUUGUGGCUGCGUGUAGCACCCUGCACAACAUGUGCGAGGAGUGGGGCGAUGGCGUUGGUGACGGGUGGCUCGCUGAGGCUUCUAGGCACGCGUUGCCUCAGCCGCAUGCUGGCGCUGACCCGGCCCGAGACAUGUCACGAUGCCUUGAAGCAGAAGCCAUUCGGACGACCCUGUUUGCAACUGUAGUAAAAUGAUGUUUGAGGUUUUAGUAAAGACACUUCCUUUCAACGUGAGCAUUGACUGUCACUCAAAUUUGUAUGCUAACUACCUAUAUUGGGCUCAGUAUUUUGGUAACACAGUUUUGGGAGGAUUUACUUAGAGGUAGUUCUUUACAGCUUUUAUGUUACUAUGAUAUGCGCUCUCUUGGCUUCUUCUUGAGACUGUACGGGUCACUGUAGAGCGUAGCAAGUGAUUUGAGGCCACAGUCACAACUUAAUGCUGUAACAAGCUCUUCCAAGCAUCUUCCAGCAUUGCUACAUCCAAGUGAUUUUGCUUGGCAUGCUAUCGCAACACUGUACGAAUACCCCCAUUUGCAAGCAUAGCCCACAACGACGUAUACGGUGCAUAGACCUGGUUGCUGGUCAACCGAAGCUUUGCUCACUGUUAGGUCACUUCAUAAUUUAACACUGUGCACAUCAUUCUGGACAAUACUGCCGUGGAACUUCUAUCAAGGUCCAGCUUCUAACUCGUCGUUUGGCUCAGGUUCUCACCGCUUACAACCAUGACCUGCUCAAAACUCGGCCCUCUGUCACUGUAAGCUUCCAAACUCUGUGAUAAAAUAAUUCACAGUGGCCUCUCAAUCACAGCCACUCUGUGAUGAACUGACUAGCUUCAGUUAUAUUCAUUUGAGUGCACUCAUGCCUUUAGUAAAGGCUGCUCCACAAUGGUUAACUGUACUUUAAUUCAAAUUCAUGCUGUACAAGGGUGCUGAGGUUUUUUUCAACCAGUUCUUGUCGGACGAGCAAGCCAAUGUAUCAUUUAUUAUCGUCUUUCAUGCCACACCUUUACUGGUUAAGGCACUUGUCUCCAUUCCGAGAUUACUCGAGGAAAAAAAAAAAAUCUCGAACUACUGCCAUUUAGCUGCAGUUAAGCUUCGACAGCAGUAUUCUCGUGUGACCACUUGGGGCCACAGUUUUCAGCAGAAUUCUCGUGGGCCCCCAAAAAGGUGACUGCACGAGAAUACUGCUGUUGAAGGCUUAACUGUACAGCUGAAAAACGAUGUUCCACUCUGAAUGAAAUAUUUUCUUGCCCUUAGAGUUGAAAGCUUACAAGCUAAUAAACUUGUGUGUUUGCGGCUGCUACAUUCCUAAAGGGGCAGAAUGCAAAAGUACUCGCGUACUGUGCUUUCAGUGUGUGACGAACAACUCCAGAUGGCUUUACCAAGGGCAUUGUCGUGUAGCUAUGGGACAUGAAGCUAUGUCACUUAUCUUUUAAAAAGAGAUGCUAGAGGAAAACAUUCAGCCAUUCCAUACUGAUAAAAUAGUUGUAGAAAAUUCUAUCGUUUUCUGUAUUCACUACAUGGCUUUUUUGCAUGCUAACAAGUGCUCCCCACUGUGCCCAAGCAAACUAGCAGGUUUAUGUUUCUGUCGACUUCCUCCUCCGUCGCACUCUGCAUCAGCGAGUGCUGACAUUUUUCAUGGCCGCUACCAUUGUGGAAACUAGGUGGCGCCUUACACAACAGCUUAUGACGAAUUAGUGAUUUCAGAAGCACGAUCCCAAAACGUAGAUCUAGUUAAUGUUUUCCUAUACUGCCUCUGAGCCACAAGCUGUAAAUACAUGUUUUACGAUGCUGUUGUUGGAAUGAAACCUCUCUGUUAACUGUUUUGCCUAAUGCAGUUCUGUGUAGAAUCACAAUAAGUGCAAAAGCUAUGGCACGACAAUGCCACCCACACUGGUAAGACCGAACUCUCAUCAUGUGUGUACUCGUACGUUGCUCAAUGUAAAGCACUCCCUCGUUGCAUUGUUUGGAAGAUGUGUUUAGAGUCGUGGCAACGGAGUCGAUCCGGUCACAAUUUGUACCGCUCCAUGUCAUAGGACACUUGUUGUACAGCCUUUCAGAAUCUCGUGCGUUUUGUAGGUCACACUUUAAGGUUGUCCACUAUACAUAGAGGAGUAAAAGCCAUCCUCCAUUUUGCUGAAGUGCUUCCACAUAUUUAGCUAGUUUAGGUUGUCGUACGCGAGUGCCUGUGUGCCUAAAUGUGUGGUGUUGCAAUAUGCCUCUGCUGUGUGUAUGUUUGUAUUUGUUUAGUAGAGUCGUGUCUCUUGUAACUAUCUGCUGUGAGUGUUUGCAUUCCAGCAUUUUGUCAUUGAAAUGCAGUUUUUAUUUUUCAUUCCUAUUCGACAAAAGUGAUGUCGAUUCCAUUUUUACGGGUAUUUGUGGAUCCCAACAAGCUCGUGCACAUUACGUGUGGCUCACAAGCUGCUGAAAUCUUCAUCAUAAACUUGAAAUGCAGCACCCUGGUUGUGGUAAUAUGGAAGAAUGCUUAUGUGUGUGUAUUUUCGUGUGCGUUAAGACAAUCACAGGCGCUUGAAAUUAAACCUAUGUCCUACUGUGCAUUUUUGGUUGAAGAUUUUAUGCUCUUAGAGUUAAACUUCAUGGCUUGAUGGCGCAGUUUAAUGCCAGUCAAUCGGGCAACGCCCUGAGGUGCAGUGGACAAAGUAAUGAGUGGCUUUGAAACUUUUCACAAAGGCUGUUAUACACAGAACAGCCGGCAUAUUUGUAUUCUAAACUGUAAUGUGAUUUGCUGCCUUUUGCAUCGCACAUUCUUGAACAGGUUUACUUAACGUGUAUUACUGGGCAAUGUUUCUUACUUCAUACUUGGGCAUCGUUUGAGCAUAGAUCUGUUGCUUUCCACCUUAGUGUCUUCAAUACCUGCAACUUUUCAGUGACCAAGGAACGGUGGUUAGCAGUCAUUUCCAGAGUUCCUUUUGGAAAACUUGGAAAUGUUCACAUAUCAGUUUAAUUGAUCAAAAUCAAAAGAACUCUUGGACUAACUAAAUAGUGAAAGCAGAGGAUUAGCAUGCUGGUACGCAUUGCUGUCGUUAUUGGUGACGAGAGAAGCCCGGCAUAGUAUGCCGCUCUGCUGACCAUAAUUGCAUUACUGCUAACAUUUAAUGUGCCUUAUUUUAUUCUGUCAUCAAGCCACAAAUGUUACAUUCCAGCAGCUAAUAAGCGCGUGAGACUGCUGUGAAAAGGUGCUUCCAAGAAGUUUUGUCUUCCAUGCUUCAAGCUGUCAGAAGUGGUAACCCGUCUUCGAAUGUGGAACCAAACCCUUUCCACCUUGUGUCCUUCAUUGCUAGCAUCUCAUUCUGCAUACUACACCAAGAAAAAGCGUACUCAGUGUAGAUUCUUUGUAACAAAACCAUUGUUUCCUUUGUUGAUGAAUAUAACUUUGACUCGGAGUAGCAGCGU